CUGUUAUCUCCUGAAAAUCCAAUAAGUUUUGGGACGAGCUGUAGCACGUCUCGUCUACCAGCGUGUAUAAAAUGAACAUACUCGCCGUGACAUUCUGCAUAUAUACUGGGCAUAUAACGAGUCACAUAUCACUUAAGGAUGGUACUAAGAUUGAUGAUGGUUUCAUUAUGUGUGACGAUAAUACUUGUCUACAGCAUCAGUACAAAUUACGCUGCGGUCAAUCUCUGUGAGGAUCCGGUCGACUGUGAUGUAUCAUUCAAACCACUGGGUUGCUUUAAAGAUAAUCAACAUAAGCGAGCACUUCCGUAUUACAUCUACAAUGAACGAGACAAAUCCAUCGCUAAUUACGGCGGGCAAAUGAUCAACUGGAACGAUUGGGAAAACUAUCUCCCUGGCUUUAUCUGCCGCUGUGCCAAGAAAGCGAAAGAGCACGGUUAUGACUUGUUCGGAGUACAAUUCUUUGGCGAAUGCCAUGCCGGGAUUAGCUCGUCACAUCAUUAUGACAGGCAUGGCCAAGGGCGUUGCAAAGAUUGCAUUGGAACCGAUAAGAACGAUUGCAACGAGCGAAAAUUUUGUGCAGGAAAGGCAUGGCGUAAUAUGGUUUACAGGAUUGUUGAUUUCUGCAGUGUCAGAUUUGAGCGUAUUGGCUGCUUUAACGAUAAGAAGGACUCACCGCGUCUUCUGCCAUCAUACCUGUUGAACGACAGAGAUAAACAGCUACAGAGUUUCAGCGGUCAGUUGAUAGACUGGGAAAACUGGUACGAGCAUCUGCCAAAUUUCGUCUGCCGCUGUGCGAAAAGAGCGCUUGAAAAGGGCUGGAGACUGUUUGGAAUUCAGUUCUGGGGUGAAUGCUGGAGUGGUCCUGAUGACUCCGCCUUCUAUCUUGAAGGGCAUGCGCCGCUUGAGGGAUGCGCAGACCAGUGUAUUAACGACUGCGCCUACUCAACUAGGUUCUGUGCUGGAAAGAACUUCACCAACGCUGUAUACGCUAUCAGAGAAGAGGUUAACGAGGGAAGUGCGAUGCCAGACUAUGUGAAUAUCAUUGAGUAACGAAGUUACAAAGGGAUUUCCCCUCCAACCAAAACCACAGGAAUACCAAUAUAAGAAUAGUCUUUAGUGUUGUAGUAAACAAUGCUUGUUGAAUUGGAAUAUUAAAAAUAAAUGCUACGCACAAUAUUUGUGACUGUCUUCCAUUCAUUGUUGUCUCUCGUGCGACAUGCAUACACUGUAAUGAAAUGGGCUAUUCAAAACAAUUAAUUUAAAUCAGUUAAUUAAUUCAACUUGUUGCCUCAAUUAGUUGAGUCGAUGAUGUAAUGAAUCAGUGAAUAUUACAACGCUGAAAAUUGAAAAAACAUAGAUAUAUAUAUCCCAGUGUGACACCACGCCGCUGAAAUUAAUUAUGCAGGGUCUUGUCCGUUGACCGGCCUCAAUAAAUCAUCUGUUGAUGUAAGGCCCAUAUUUUAAAGUCCUAUCUCUGCCGCCGUGAUGAUCAAACGUAAAGUCUCAUUUGACUGAAUCCAGUAACUUCUUCAGCCAUAUUUUAUUUAAUGGCGAAAAACUAUUGCAGCGUGCGUACAGUCUCCUAACUAGAGCUACCGAAUACAAGGAAAAAGAUGGCUCCUUACGCUUUCAUUUUCAGUCAGCUUCACUCCUAUUGGUAUUUUUAUAUUCAUUUGGUAGAUAACCCGACUGAGACAAAAAUAAAUGCAUGUGUAUUGUUACAAAAUGAUAAGUGAAUGAAAAACAUAAUUGUGCAGUUUGGUUGUGAAAUCAGACUUUAAGACAAAUUUUAAAAACAACAAAUGAAAUUUUUCUUGCCGAAUAUCACGGAACAGCGUAAAUUUUAAAUCGACUAUUUUUCAAGCCAGUAGUGUAUUGAAAGCGUUCAGUUAUGAUUUCUGGAGAUUUUAUUAUUGCCAAUGCGAAGCUUAUUUAAGCCGAUGUUUCUGAUAAAAGACGAACCUUGUCUUAAUUGCAUAAAGCUUAACAAGUAGGGUAUGACAGCAUGGUUAGUUAAAAAUUCCCGAUUACUGGCAGCAAAUUUAAAAUAGUUUACAAAAACAAAUUUGCUAGUCAAGUAAACUUGCGUUAAGACAUCACAUUUCAUUUCAUGGCUGGUGUUUCAAUAAUAUCAAAUGACAAGAACGAUAAGUGAAACCAAUUAAACCAGCUGUAUUUUAGCAUGUGUAACACGAAACAUAAUAUGCCGAUUCUUUGCCUGAGUAAAAUGGGAGCGAAAAUAUCUGUCAGUUUGCCCGUAUGGUAACUAAAGAAGCCAUCUUGUUUUCUGAAAACCUUUCAAAGAAUAUCACAACUGCUCACACGAAGAAGCUGAUAAUGUUUAAA